GUUUCAGAAUUUGAACGUCACUUUUUACAGCUUUGAAUUGAUUCUGGUAAAAGCUGCUGAGCUGAGACCUUCUACUUUCUAGGUCUGUUUGGAGAUUUCAUCUCUCAUUAUGUCCUGCUCAGCAUCUAACCUCGUCCUUCUACAAGUUCCAGUGCUUACGUUGAAAGCUUGAAUCCAGUAUUCGGUGCUAUGCAAACAAUAUUAAUUUAUUCAACUUUAUUGUUGGCAGUUCACAAGAGAUGUACACUGUAGCACAAUGUAUUGAAGCAGUCGUAAUGGUUAUCACCACUGUGAAUCCUGUCUUGUUCAGGUUGAACACCACGCUGCCUGUUUGGUUUUCUCUCAAAUUCCUUGGGAGAUAGUACUGGCUGAAGCGCAAUGCCAGCUGGCUGCGGUGGCCAUUGGAGGAUCAGCAACUUGUUGCUGUAUGCCCAAAGAUUGCACAACUAUGCGUGUAUACGGCACCUCUCUCAGCUGUCCAAGACAGCACGCCACAGAACACGGAAUUUUAACCUGCUCCCAAACUCUAGCCCGGCGCAUGAACCGAGGUAUGGGCCUAGCAUUGCACGAUACACUACUCGAGGACUGUGUUCCAUUGCUGAUGAAACGAGCACCAUAGUAGCAGCUAGCAGCACCGAGAGGAGCAUAAGCAACAAUAGCAGCACCGAGAGGAGCAUAAGCAACGAUAGCAGCACCGAGAGGAGCAUAAGCGAUAAUAGCAGCGGUGUCGAUGGUGUGCAGAUGCCGCAGCUACGCUUUGAAAGCGGCGCAGAAUAUGAAGAGUACUUCAAAUCUGCCGUGCAUGCGCUGAUGAACACCAAUCGCGACACGGAUAUUGUCGUUGUGCCCAAAUUCAUCAGCGUUAACGGUCUAUGCCUAUGCAGUAUUCCUAACGGCCUGGAAGCCUUAAAAACACUCUACCCAUCGCAUUACAACAUUGUGGACCAUUUGGUCGGUGAGACUGUAUACCUGGUUUCUAACAUCAGUGAUGAUGAAGCAGACUCUGAAGAGGAAGCACGUAGCUUUCAUAGCUGUCGCAUUCUAGUCAUGCCUAGUCUGAAUCCUAAGCAGGAAGAAGAAGAGGGUGAGGAACACAUCCUUCUCCUGGAGGUGGAGGACCCAUCCUUGGAUACUAGUACUAUGCCAGUUGGCACCGAGUUCACGCUGAUGCAACACGAUCAGGUAGCUGUAACAUACUCAAGAAUGCUAGACACCCUGCAUGAUCUUACGCUGUUGGCCAAUCGCCUUGAUCAGCCCAGGGGUGGCCACGCGGAGACUUCGCGGCCUCUGAAAAUCUCUGCGCCACUCUACAAUUCUCUCCUGUGUCGCUCUAGCGGUGAUGAUGCUGGCCAGUCACAGCUUGACGUAGGUACCGAGUUGGUGGCUGAGGAAUCGACUGGAAGUGAUUUCAUGGACGGUGAUUUGUUGGCUGAGGGAUCGACUGGGAAUGAUGUCAUGGACCAUGGGUUGGUGGCUGAGGGAUUGACUGGGAGUGAGGCGACGGAUGAUGAGCUUAUCACUUUGUUGAGCAGCAAGGGUGCUUGUGAAACAGGUGAAUCACAGAAGAAGAGCCAGCCCCGCAGAGUCAAAAUACCUGAGAAUGUGGUGGACACUUUGAAUGCUCGGCAGUUGGACAUUGUGAAGAAGGUCUUCACGCAGGCACUGACUCUUAUCCGUGGCCCACCAGGCUCGGGGAAAACGACUGUUGCAGCUGCCAUUGUCGAAACUGCUCUCCGUGACCUAGACACCCGAGGCGUCAGUCGUAAAACUUCGAAAAUACUUGUAUGUGCCUCCAGCAAUGUGGCUGCAGACAAUCUCUGUGAGAAGAUUUGCCGGCGGGGCUUGCGGGCAGUUCGAAUUAAUGCACGAUCUAGCGAGCUGGAGCGUGAAGUUCCUGCCUCGCUCAAGCCGUACUGCCUGGAGGAUAUUGUUCUCAAUAUGGCGUCCGAUCAAGCUCUGUGCUCCCUGUUGCAGAGGUACUAUCAGGAAGAUCAACUGACUAUUGAUGAGCUAGACCAGCUGAAUCUGCUCCGGUUCACGCUGGAGUCUAAAGUAUUGCGCGAUAUGUGUGAUGUGGUUGUAGCGACAUGCGCAACUGCCGCUGACAAUCGCCUGGAGCGCUUCCUGUGCCCGGUGGUCCUGAUAGACGAGGUCACCCAGUCGUAUGAACCAGAAACUCUUAUUGCUAUCAUGAGCCAUGCUGAGCGUGUUGUGCUAAUCGGUGAUCCGUGUCAGCUGGGACCAAUACCGGUCGCCUGCCCGGACUAUGGGUACCGGCUGCGGUCCAUGUACGACCGACUGAUCCUGGCCGGCACGCCCACCGAGUUCCUGGACACGCAGUUUCGCAUGCACCCCUCGCUGGCUGAGUUCUCGUGCCGAGUGUUCUAUGACGGGAAGCUGUGCAACGGUGUAUCUGCGUUGGAUCGCACGCCAUCCAGCCCAGUCUUUCCAUGGCCGUCGCAGGAGCCGUUGGUGUUUCUCCAUGACCCGUCUCAACAUCAUGUUGUCGAGCACUCCUGUGCGAAUGAUUCUCAGGCCAAAACGGUGCUGGACAUCAUUAACUAUAUGUGUCAGCGCCGAGUCGAGCCGAGCUCCAUUGGUGUCAUCACUCCGUACUCUGCGCAGAGGGCCUUGCUAAAGGAGACGCUGCGCAGUGCACAGCAAGCGAAGCUCGAGCAAAUCGAGGUGUGCAGCGUUGACGAGUUCCAGGGUCGCGAGAAAGACUACAUCGUGGUGUCGUCUGUCCGCAGCACGAUCGGCACUGGCCAGGAAACGAUUGGCUUCCUGGACAAUCCUCGUCGCUUGAACGUGACCCUGACUCGUGCACGCUACGGCAUGAUAGUCCUGGGCAAUGCUCACCUGCUCUCGUCCUGCUCGCCGAUGUGGUCGGAUUUCUUGUGCGACAUGCGCGACAAGAAAUGCCUGGUGACCGGUGACGAUAUCUCUACACUGGCUCCUAUGGAGGAUGUGCCGCUCAAACGGCACGGCUUUGUCUUCGAGCUGAGUGUAUAGGGAGCCGGUAAGACUGAUGUUGUGUGCAUGGUGUACGAUUGCGUGUUGGAAGAAGACCGGUAUUGUAGUAACAUCCUUUAGACUUACUUUUAGAACUUAUAUAAAUAUUUUGGAGAGGUUACAUCCUCAAAUCGCUAUAGGCCUUUUUCUGAGCUCUUGUGCUGGCCCACAAAGCUAAUUUUUCGACACGACUAUGGGUUUUUUUUGUUUUUGUUCAGAGACUUUCUUCAAUGCAUAGUGGGCUGGCCCUUGCUUUUUCUCUGGUUGUGUUUUAUAAUUAUUUCCAUGCGCCUGGUACAUGUAGAGAAGUCACUCAUCCCAUUUGCCUUUCACAGCUAAUACUAGUGCUGCUCUGCACUUACUGCCCGUUGCCAGUGUGCAUUCAGCUCAUUGGUUAUCGUUUGGAGCAGAGGAGGCUCUCCAAAUGGAUCGUGAAUUUGCCUGGCGUUGCAACUUUAGAGCUGAGCGGUUGAUUCUUCGCACUAAAACUGAGAAGAAGAUGCUCACUGAUAUGAAAAUUGGGACCGUAUGAUUCUUGCAGCGACAUAUUCAAGGUCAUCAAUACUCAGAUUGCUGUGACGUUGGUGUGCCCAAGUGUUAAAGAAGAAGAAGCAGUUAGAUGGUGCUACAGUUCGCUGUUCCUAGAGCACACACACACACACACACACACGCGCGCACAUAUACACCUUCCUGCUUCGCUCUCUGCCACAAUAGGCUAUGUGUCCCCGAGCUGGGGCAAUUUGUAAGGAUUGCUGGCUUCGUAACGUGGCAGCUACUGCGGGUCUGGUGGAACGUGAAAUAGCUUACUGUUUUUUUUUGUUUCGUGUUUUUUUUCUUGCUUUUUCGGAUCAACGGGAGGUGCGUAUAUUUCUAGCGA